AUGGACAACAACCUCACCUCGUCGGCUCAUCGGAGUCCUAACCCACUCGAGCCAAGUCAAUUGGGUACGAGGGAAUAGUACGUGUUGAAGGAAGAUCCGCACAUAACGACAGGAACACUGACGACGGACAGCUGGGAAGCCGCGUACGACCGCGAACUGCACAACAACAAGGACGAUGCCGACGAUGAGGGCGUCAUAUGGUUCGACGAAAGCAAUGCAGAAGACACCGUCCUGAAGAAGCUCGCGGAGUAUUCCUCGUCUGCUCGUGGCCUUCUGAGCCGAGAUGCGAGCAGAGUCCUGGAUCUUGGCACCGGCAACGGCCACAUGCUGUUUGCAAUGCGUGAAGAUGAAGACGACGAUGGCGCGAGCUGGGGAGGCGAGAUGGUGGGCGUGGAUUACAGCCCCAAGAGCGUAGAGCUCGCCAGACAGCUGCUCUCGCAGCGACAAGCCGCCACCGAGGGUGAGACAGGCGAUUACGCCAACGUCCGAUUCGAGGAAUGGGAUUUGCUAUCAGAUCCCCCCGGUGACUGGCUUGGCGAUAAAUUUGAUGUCAUUCUGGACAAAGGCACUUUCGAUGCAAUCUCGCUGAUGCCGCGAGACGCCAACGCUGCAUCUCACCCGUGCCAGACGUACGGGCAGAAAGUAGUGGACCUGAUCAAACCGGGUCACUUUCUCUUCAUCACCUCCUGCAAUUGGACAAAAGACGAGCUCAUCAAUUGGCUGGCACAUGACGGAAUGGAGUUGUUUGAUGAGGCAAACUACCCUACAUUCACCUUUGGUGGACAAACUGGUCAGAGCGUGGUAACUCUCGUCUUUCGGAAGACGGCCGAUUGA